CUUGAACUGUGGCAUACAGUAAUACAACCUCUUCGAUCUCCAAAUAUGCAUUCCUUCUGGCUCCGAGCCAAUGCCGUACUGACCUUCUCCGUCAUCAUCCUCGCAUUCACGUGCGCCAUGGCUAGCGUCUCCGACUGCUUCAAUUCUCCCUCCCCUUCCGCCCAAAUCCAGAUAACGAACAUCAACUGGUUUCAGAAACAGCGUAAUGGAAACGAGGAGGUGAGCCUCGCGAUGAAUAUAACAGCAGAUCUGCAAUCACUCUUCACGUGGAAUACGAAGCAGGUAUUCGUAUUCGUAGCUGCAGAAUAUAAAACUCCAAAGAACGCGGUGAAUCAGGUGUCACUUUGGGAUGCAAUUAUCCCAGCCAAAGAGCAGUCAAAGUUCCGGGUUCAGACGGUAAACAAGUAUCGAUUCAUCGAUCAGGGAAGCAAUCUCAGGGGUAAGGAUUUAAACCUGACAUUGCAUUGGCAUGUCAUGCCCAAGGCUGGCAUGAUGUUUGCUGACAAAUUAGUCAUCCCAGGAUAUCGUCUCCCGAAAGAGUAUAGAUAAGAGCAAGAGGAGGAAGCCUAUAUAACUUCAGCCAUUUUGAUGUCUGAUUCCAACAUAGCAGAGAAAUCGUGAAACUCAUUUGAGUUGUGUUCAUUCAGCACAGUGAUAGUUUCGGUGGUCAGUUUGGCUUUCUGAACUUUUUCACUCUAACCAUGGUAGAUUUGUCCAAAGCAGUAUAUAUCAGUGUGUCGAUUGAGCCAGGAUAAGUUUUGUUAUCCGAAGACAUCGUUAGUCUUGGUCGGUAAUGCUGAGAGAGCAAUGUUUUGUAAAAUUGUACUAUAGGUUGUACAUGAAAAGUCAAUGGUAGAAUAUUUUGUGAUUAAAUCGUUGUUUAUUCAUUUCAUAU